AUGAGUUGCUUCAAGCUUCCAGACUCUUUGUGUAAAGAGUUGAAUUCAAUGAUGAGUAACUUUUGGUGGGAGCAGAAGGAGAAAGAGAGGAAAAUGGCAUGGAUCUCUUGGGAAAAAUUGUGCACUCCAAAGAAGGAGGGGGGCAUGAGUUUUAGGGACUUAAAGACCUUCAACCUGGCCCUACUCGCCAAACAAGGGUGGCGGAUUCAACAAAAUCCUAGUUCUAUGUUCCAUAGAGUUUUUAAAGCAAAAUACUUUGGAGGUAGCUCGUUUGAGGAUGCACAAUUGGGCAAUAGACCUUCCUAUGUAUGGAGAAGCAUCAUGGCAGCCAAGGAGAUUGUUGAAAAGGGGUCUAGAUGGGUCAUUGGUAAUGGCAAACAGGUGCACAUUUGGAAGGAUAGAUGGAUUCCAACAUCGGUCUCUUUCAAGGUAGUCAGUCCAAGGGGUUCUUCAAACAAUGUGGAGUGGGUUUCGAACCUUAUUAAUACUGAAACUAGAAGUUAG